CAAGUCUCUCAUUCCCCAUGCUCCCGUCGACCGCGCGGCGUGUCCCACGCUACUCAUGCCGCGAUAAGAGCCCGGAAAAUACAUUCAAAGGUCUUCGGGCUCUCUCCGCGCCAGCGGGCAGGGUGUUUACCGUCAAUCUGCAGCGCAUGGAAGAAGACUCCGAGCUUCUACGCCAGAAAAGCAAGACCAAAACUCGACCAGGUUCCUGGCUCGCAACAUGCGCUGUUGCCGGGUCUUGCAAGUCUCCCAAUGGCAGCUGCGAAAGCGUCAGGCGCAAAGGCGUUGGGUUGCAUUGCCCUGUUUGUGGCUGCAUGUCAUCCAUAACGUUUGGUGGACGUGCCCGGCACACUUCAUGCUCUUGGGCACGUGGACCAAGCAGCGCCUUGUACCGUACACUGUAAAGCACCGCACAAUGGAGAGUACGAAUGCACGGUGCUUGGAUUCCAGACUCGGCUGGAUCUUACCGAUCGGGGAUUCGGUGGAGGGAGGAGUGAGGAAAGGUACGCAGUGCGCUGCCAGGUGCCGAGGCGAUUGCAAUCGAGUUGACACUGGCAGAUCCAAGAUUCGCGAUUACCUGUCUUAGUAACCCCCUUCGACUAGGGAACCAGCAGAUUUCAUACAGGACCUUGGCGUUAUGCAUGCAUUGCUUCUCCAAAGUUCCCGUCCAUUGGUACGGGUAGAGGUUGAAGUCCGGGAGCUGGAAUUUCAA